AUGGAAGCUCAAAGAUUGCUUUCUGGGCUUUCUCCCAACUCAGCAACCCCGCAACUUCAAAAACUUGUAAACUCAACCGGUGUAAGAUUACCAUCUUCUUCGUCGUCUUCUUCCUUCGUUGAAUCCCAAAAAAACAGAACCCAUUAUACUUCAAAGCUGAACUCAGCAACCCCACUACCUCAAAAACCUGGAAAAUCAACCGUUGUAAGAUUACUAUCUUCUUCUUCUUCCUUUAUUGAAUCCCAGAAAAUUAGAACCCUUUAUAAUUCAAAGCUUUUUUCCCAAAAAGUGGGAACCAGAAACGGAAUUGAAGUAGUAGGGAACCUUACUGAAGCUGGAAAGGUUUCGGUCGAUGGUGUUCGACGGAAAAAGUUGGCAGUUUUCGUCUCUGGUGGGGGCUCCAACUUUCGGUCAAUAUACGAGGCCAUACUCCAGGGAUCUGUUCAUGGGGACAUCGUUGUUUUGGUAACCAAUAAACCUGAUUGUGGAGGGGCUGAAUUUGCAAGAGAUUGUGGAAUUCCUGUUAUUCUGUUUCCUAAAACAAAAGAUGUACCUGAGGGACUACCUUCUAUCAAUCUUGUAACUUCUCUGAGAAAAUUUGAGGUCGACUUUAUCCUUCUAGCUGGAUACUUGAAACUUAUACCAGUUGAGUUAGUUCGGGCAUACCCAAGAUCCAUAUUAAACAUCCAUCCUUCUCUUCUCCCAGCUUUUGGUGGCAAAGGCUACUAUGGAAUGAUGGUGCACAAAGCUGUUAUUGCAUCUGGAGCUAGAUAUUCUGGUCCCUCAAUCCACUUUGUUGAUGAAAAUUAUGAUACGGGGCGGAUCCUUGCUCAAAGGGUUGUACCUGUGUUGGCAAAUGAUACCGCAGAAGAACUUGCUGCGAGGGUCCUCCUUGAGGAGCAUCAAUUGUAUGUGGAAGUAACUGCAGCAUUAUGUGAAGAACGAGUUACUUGGAGGCAAGAUGGAGUACCUCUCAUGAGAAGCAGAGAAAACCCAAAUGAAUACAACUGACCAAAAUGUUUCUUGGAAUGUUGUUUAUUUCAAUAACAUCUUGCUUUUGGA